GUCAACCAAUCGUGACGUCACAUUUGUGGGCGGUGCCAACAGCUUGGGCUCAAAUACGAGGGCGGAGUCAAGCGCCUUGUGCGACUUUUCUUUACUUGCAUUCUUGAGUCUAAUCGCACAUUCUGUGCUCUGGUGCAUGGGGGAAUUAUAUUUUUGCACAUUUAUGCAGUGGCCGCCAAUGACAGAAGCCGUGUUUCUUUUUCAAAGGCAUUACUUCUAAUGGAAAGGACUAGUUUCCAGAACAGCCAUGAAACCGCCUGGCGAAGAAGAGAGUCAGCGGCUGGGUACACUUUUGCUCAACACCCUUGCAAGAGAAAUGCGUCUUUGGAGAGCACCAGUCCUUAAGAACGGUUGCAUUCAGGGUUCAGAUAUCAGCCCACCUCAGUACCAGGAGGUGAUCGUGUGGUUGUGUGAAAUGAGCAGCCUAUUCCAGUUUUCCUCCGAGACGUUUGCUUUGGGAGUUUGUGUUCUUAACAGCCUGCUUGCAGCAGUCAAAACUCGACAGAAAUACCUCAAAUGCGUGGCCAUCACCUCUCUGAUCCUUGCUGCAAAGAUCAACAAGGAAGAUGAGGUGAUUGCAUCGGUUAAAGACUUGCUGGAGCAAAGCAGAUGCAAAUUCUCAACAGCAGAGAUUCUUCGCAUGGAGCAAGUCAUAUUGAACAAGCUGCACUGGGACCUUUACAUCGCCACACCGAUGGAUUUCAUUCACAUUUUCCACGGCCUGCUGAUGUCCAGGCGUCCUCAGCUGAUGUGGUCCAUCUCUCAGAAGAGACCCUGCCUCCAGGCGUCGCUGUGGACCAGGCAGCUGCAGCACUGUAUGGCCUGCCACCAGCUCUGGCAGUUCAAGGGCUCCAUAUUGGCUUUGGCCAUCAUCACUUUGGAGCUGGAGAGGCUGACGCCUGAUUGGUUCUCUGUUUUUACCGACCUGCUGAGGAAAGCACAGAUGGAGAGCACAGAGUUCAUCUGCUGCAAGGAGACGGUGGAUGAGUACCUCACCGGCCUCGAGCUCUCCUUACCCACCAACACCGUCUACAUUUUGGACGCCGCCAGCAUGCUGGUGUUCAGAGGACAUGACAUGCAGGAGGAUGAUGGAGAUGGGAACAGAAAGACGGCCAGAGGAGCACAGAAAGGGGACCAAGACGUGGAUGACUUCUAUGACGGUUUCUGGUGCCUUUAUGAUGAGGACAUGUCAAAGAAAACAGGAAGCCAUAGACUGCAGGACAUGCAAGAGCAAAUCUCACCUUGUACUCCGUUACGACCCUCUUCUAGUUAAUAAGCUAACGUGGUUUUGAGAAAGUUGGAAGCAGAUAAAUGAUGGCCAAGGCACUUUCUAUUUCUUUUAUGAAAACUUUAUGCAGCACUUUGACCAUAUGAGAUUCCUUUUAUGUUUGAUCUUUUGUUUUUAAAUUCCUUUUAUUUUUGUACUUUGCGUUUUAUAUUUUUGUAUUUUCAUAUGCGUUCUUCAUACUGCAAGUGUGCUUUAAUGAUUAUGGUGCUUAAACAGAAGUCAAUUUGUUGGCCAGUUGAUUAAUUCCUUAAUGGAGUUAUGCUUUAUAGAGUUAUGCGUUUUGGAAUUGAUAUCUUUUGAUAUCUUCAGAAUAAUGUCUUGAUUUGUAGUAUUAAUGUGAAGAGGAAAUUACAUUUCUAUUCAGAUGUUUUUUUCCCCCCUAAUGUUUUAACCAAAAACACCUCGUCCCAACCCUUUCUUACGGCAGCUACAGAUAUGAAAUUCCUGCUUCUCUGAAAUGAAACCAAUGGAAAUUUCCUUUUCUA